AUGUGGUGGUGGUGGUGUUGGUCUGAAGUCUAUUUCAUAUCAUCUGGAACCACGCCUCUCGUUUGCAGUUUUCCGUCGCUCUUCUCUUCCGUCCACCUCGUCUCGUUUUUCUUGUCCGAACAACGCGCUUCGUCGUUUGCCCAUCCACCACCACACCUUUUGUGCCUGUCAGGGCCCGUCUUGCCGACAACGUCUGCCGGACUUAAUCUCAGGGAACAUAUCUUGCACGGCCGAAGAGAGAGAGAAAGAGAGAGACUGGACGACAUUUGGGAAGCCCGAGCACGGCACCUCGGUACCACAAGUAGAUACAAAGUUUGCACAUAUAUGGCACGCACCAGGCGAGGUACCCACGGCAGACACACAUACACCAGACACAUACGCACGUACGCGUGACAGGCCA